UUGCACAAUUGCAUGUGUCAUAAAGCAUGUCAGCAAGCAAGCGUGAUAUGUAACUCGUCUAAUUUUUUUGUACUGCAAACUGCAUUGUGUAAAUGACAUUUUGUAUAUACGAUGCCAUAAUGUGUUUGUUAAAUAUUGUAACAUGGAAAUGCCAGGAUAUUGUAUGCUUCAUAGCUACGUUUUUUGAAAUAUAUUUCCGAUAGAAAUUGUUAUAUAUUUUGAAAUUUAAUAACGAAUUCAAGCAUUAUAAAUUUAUUGUCGAGGCAUUGGUUUAUUCAUGGCUGCUGGCAGUAGGGAACAGAGCACAGUGAACUCGCAACGGUUUCACCAUCAUUGUGGGCGCCGUAUAACCUUAUUAAAUGACAAUCUUACUGCAGUUCGUUCCGAAAGAGAUUUUAAUCAUGCAUUAGUAUUUAGCGCUGCACCUGUUAAAGAUGACUUCAUGUUUGAAGUAGUUAUUGACCAGAAAAACCACUCUUGGGGUGGUAGUAUUGAAAUAGGUGUUACAGCGGAGUCUCCAGAUAAAUUAGACAUUCCUGCAGUAGCUAAUGCACUACGUAAUGGUACCUGGGUGAUGUCUGGAAUUGAUGUACGUAAGGAUGGAAAUUGCUUAGUAGAGUUUUAUGGAACAGACUUAGAAACUCUUAAUGUAGGCGAUCGGGUUGGAGUAAUGCGUACAUCUGCAGCUGAAUUGAUAUUUUUUGUUAAUGGAAAAUCUCAAGGCAUAGCGGCCAAAUGCAUGCCUUCACCUCUCUGGGCACUUGUAGAUCUCUAUGGUAGAUGUGUUCAAGUUACAAUAUGGUCCAGUUGUAAUUUUGGCUUUGCUGAUGUCAGUAACUCACGAUCCCUGGGCCAAAUUAACCAUAACGUUGAAAUUCCUAUCAAUUUUGAAUUUAGCCUGGCUUCUAAAACAGGGUCUAUUGUUUCGGCUGAUAACUUAGAGUUUAUGACGAAUUCAGCACAUAAUAGUACCAGUAAUAUUACUACUGCCCAGUCUGUACAAAAUGUUGAAGAUUACUAUAAUAUGAAUGAGCGGAUUCGAUUUCACACGCGUUGUGGUUCACUUGUAAAGCUUUCUUCUAACUGUAGAUCUGCCGAACGACGUCGACCCUUAGAUGAAUUUAAUAAUGCGGUGGUAAUGACACAGAGACCACUCAAAGACGACGAGGUUUUUGAAAUCCGGUUAGAUAAAUUAGUAGAUAAAUGGUCUGGUUCAAUUGAAGUCGGAGUAACAACCCAUAACCCUUCAAUUUUACACUUUCCUGCUACAAUGACAAAUAUGAGAUCUGGAACAAUAAUGAUGUCGGGAUGUGGAAUACUUACUAAUGGUAAAGGUACUCGUCGUCAAUACGGAGAAUUUAAUUUAGAUGAAUUACGAGAGGGUGAUCGUAUUGGUAUGAUGCGUUCAUCUAUUGGGAACUUACAUUAUUAUAUUAAUGGUCAGGAUCAAGGAAUAGCGGCUACACGUGUAGCAGCAACUCUCUGGGGAGUUAUUGAUCUGUACGGUAUGACAAUUAAAGUAACUAUUGUAGAUAGAGAUGAACGUGAACAACAAAAUCUUGUUACUCGUCGUAAUAAUACAGCAUCCUCAGUAGUAGUUGGAGUGUUAAAAAACACUGUUAAUGGAAACAGUAAUUUGUUAACGGUACAACCAAUUAAUAACUUAAGUCCAGAAAACGAAGUUACAAGUGAUAGAACGGGUUCUAGCGUGCUUGCUGAUAGAUUAACUUUUCAUCCAACUUGCGGUUCCCAUGCAACUGUUACUUAUGGUGGACGAACAGCCUUACGCCCAAACGCUUCAGAUGAUUUCAAUAAUGGUGUUGUAUUAACUCGCCGACCCUUGCGUUCAAAUGAAUUGUUUCAAAUACGAUUAGAGAGAGUCGUUACAAAAUGGGCAGGGUCUGUUGAAAUGGGUGUCACAACUCACAGUGCAGAAGAUUUAGAGUUUCCAUUUACAAUGACGAAUGUAAGAUCUGGUACUUGGAUGAUGACUGGUAAUGGAGUGAUGCAUAAUGGAGUAACUGUUAUUGAACAAUAUGGACUGAAUUUAGACCGGUUACAAGUCGGAGAUCGUGUAGGUGUAGUACGAAAAUAUGAUGGCACGUUGCACUUUUGGGUAAAUGGUAUUGAUCAGGGUCCUGCGGCUCAUGAUGUACCUGAAAAUGUUUAUGGUGUUAUUGACUUAUAUGGGCAAGCAGCACAAGCAAGUAUUGUGGAAACUUCAGAGUGUGGGAGCCCCGAUACUGGAAAUUCUACUAUAUCUAAUACAACACUUUGUAGUGAGCCACCUUUGCGAUUUCAUGCUAUACAUGGUAAAAAUGCAAAUAUAUCUAACGGGGGUUUGACUGCUUCUCGACCAAAUUCAUUGGCUGAAUUUAAUGAUGCAAUCGUGUUUAGUAAUCGUCCAUUGCAGCAGAGAGAAAUAUUUGAAGUUGUUAUUGAGAGUGUUGUUCGGCAUUGGUCAGGAAAUAUAGAAAUUGGUGUAAUCGGAACAAGACCGGAGGAUAUACGUUUAACUUCAAAUGCAACUGAUUUAAAUUCUGGAGAUUCAAUAAUACUUUGUGGUUCAAUGAUUUUUUAUAAUUCAAACACAAUACGUACAUAUACACUUAUUGAUUUAGACACAUUAACAGUGGGGACACGAGUAGGUGUAAUGAGAAAUGGUGAUUUUGUACAUUUUUUUAUUGAUGGCGUUGAUCAAGGACCAGCUUGCGAAUGUUUCAUGCAAAAUGCUUGGGCAGUAAUUGAUUUAUAUGGACAAUGUGCUGUGGUUACUCUAACACAAAUUCAAAAUUUCAAAGCCCCAUAUGCUAUCAGUGAAAAUUCACAGAGCUGUUUAGCACCUUCUGUUCUACAAACUGUGAUUCCCGAAUCAAAACAUAGAUGGAACAGUAUUUGUGGUAACAUUACUUUAUCUCAAAAUUGGACAGUGGCUUCACGUUUAAACGGUCCAGCAACUGCAUUAUCACCAUGCAUUGUUUUUUCUGAACAUCCUAUGUGUAUCGGAACUCCUUUUGAAAUUAAAAUAGCAUCGCAUAAUCCACUUAUUGCUGGUUGUUUUAAUAUUGGCAUUACAGAUCUUAAUCUUGCAGAGGAAAGUAUACGUAAAAAUAUACCACCUUGUAUAAAAAAAAUUCCAGCAAAUGUAUGGUAUAUGUCGGCAAACGAAAUGCGAUAUAAUUCAGUUUUAUUACGUCAUUCUUUAGCAUCAUUAGAAUGGUUAAGAGUUGGCGAUCGUAUUACUCUGGAACUAACAACAGCCCGCACUUUGCGCAUACUAUUUAACUCGGAGGAUAUAAAUAUACAUUUUCAAAAUAUAUCAAAUGAUGUUUAUGUAGUUGUUGAACUUCAAGGUUCUACAACGGCCGUACAAGUUAUAUCAUCCCAAGGACCGACUUCCCCUCUACAGCCUUAUAGUUUACGUUUACAAGAUUCAUUAGAUUUUGGGGCGGAUGUUUUGAAUAAACAAGAUUCCAUGUUGGAAUCAAUAGAGUCUGAAUCUCAAUCUUUUGAAUUUCUAGAUUACCAUGGAAAAAAUGUUCGACUGACUGACGAACACCUCAGUGCAGCUCGCUUAAAGUCAUAUAAUCAGGGAAUUGUUUCUGUUACAAAACCAUUGCGUAGGGGAGAAAGUAUUAGUAUAAGAAUAGAUAAUAUUAACACAGGCUGGAAGGGAACAAUUGGAUUAGGUGUGAUCGGAAUACCACUAAAACAUUAUAAUCUCAUACCUACAUCAAUACUUCAAUUUAAACGACCUUGUUGGCUAGUUACACAUGAUGUUAUUAAUAUUAAUGGGCAAAAGUUGACAUCCAAAUAUGGUGAGGUAUUGGAAUUAUUAAAACCAGGUAUUAUCAUUACAAUGACGUUAACACACGCUGGAGUUUUAGUUUUAAUGAUAGGAAACACUAACUUGGAGGAUUUAGCUAUAUGUCUUCCAAAUAAUGUAUAUCCCAUUUUUGACUUAUAUGGUCUUUGUGAAAAAAUAUCUUUAAUUAAUGAAAAUGAAAUGGUUCGUAACAGUACACCAAUAAUUGAAGAACUACCAGUUUUAGAACAUGAUGGUAUACAUAAUAGACAUACAGGAGCGUGUGUUCAAUGUGAAAAAGCAAAUUUAGAAGUACAUGAAAAAGAACAUCAAGAACUAAAAGUAACCGCUGAACAUGCAGGUUUUACUACUACAGCAGUCCAAUUAAAAACGGAUUAAAUUUACUUUUACAUGCAAAUUGGAUAGUCGAAUUUGAUUGAAUCUUAAAAAAAAAUAUUCUAUUAUAUGCCUAAUGUAACUGUAUUUACAUUUGGAUUUGGUUUUGACACGAAAAGGCUGACUAAUUUGUUUUGAUUUAGAAGCUGCAUGUGCAAAAUUUUUUUGUUGAUGGAAUAGUGGUAAUUAUUGUACUAAAUGUACCUUAAGAGGAUAUGUCUACGAAGUUUUCUGAAAUAAUAUGUUUUUACUACAAAAAUGUUCUACAUUAUUUUGUACAAUAGCUUAUAUUAGCAAAAUGCGUUGAUUAAAAACUGCACGUAUAUUCAACUUCACAUAUUUCAGAUUUCCUGGGACACCGAUUUGAAAACGGAUCUUGUUAGAGUUAACUAUUUUGAGCAUAUUUUCAGGACACCGUAUGACUAUGUAACUUACAUCGAGAUUUAAAAAAAUUUAUAAUUUUAAAAUGUGUUAUCUCGAAAACGGAGUUAUGUUGGCGCUAUGCAAUUUGCACGCACAUUAUUCCACUUAAGCAACUUAAAUUGUUUUAUUUUUUUUUAGAAAAAGAGAAAUCCAUAAGUAUAAUUUUUAUACAAAUAUAAAACUAAGUACUCUUACAUGUACAUUAUGUCUAUUAAACCUUCAAAAAUGUAUUGCUUGCAAAAGAACGGAAAAAUAUAACCCCCAACAAUUGUUAUCCAAUGGUGUGCUAUCAAAUUACAGAGAUCAGUAAUAAUAGCACAAAGUUAUUAUAAUCUAUUUUUUUUUUUUGUAAUAAAGUGAAAUUUAUUUUAAAAUAUGAAAUGUGUAUAAUAAAAUAGACAAAUAUUAAUUUAUCACUAUUAGUUACUUAAAGGUAAAAACACAAUAGCACGGCGUCAAAGUGGUUUCAUGACUCGUGUCAAUUUCGAGACUGUUAUGGAUUUUUUACAGGGUUCAGAAAAACACUGUGCUGUGCACAAAAAUGCAAAACACCACUCACAAUUGUUGUGCGA